AUGUUCUUCAUGCUCAACAUGGACAAAGGAUUGCUUGGCCCUGUAUGGAAUGGUUGGCUUGUGGGUGUGCAAGUUGUUCGUCUACGGCACUGGGCAGAGCAAUGGCCAAAUGAUGAUCUUCAAUUGUGUUCAUCUAGCUGUGCUCUACGAUGUCAACAUGGUUGGGAGCUGCUUGGACAAUGGAUGGAGCAAUGUAUGGCAUUGGUGUGGUGGUCGUCAACUCGUCUACAUGGUGGCACUUCAACAACUUCAACCUUCUUGGAAGAUGGUUGUCAACAUUCAAUGGACGAUGGAGGAACACAAAAUGCUUUGUUGGAGAAAGGUUUUGAGGGGAAGGAGAACAUCCGGAUCACAGAUUUCCAGGACUCGCAUAUCCUCUUCUUUGUCUAA